AUGUAUAGGCAGCUCUGCACCGGCGAGUAUCGCAAGGAUGGUGUUCCGACGGGCUACAAGGGUUCCACCUUCCACCGCAUUAUCAAGGACUUUAUGGUUCAGGGCGGUGAUUUUGUCAACGGAGAUGGGACAGGCAUCUGCAGCAUCUACGGUGGUUCCAAAUUUGCAGACGAAAACUUCACAAUGAAACACAAUGCACCCGGAAUGCUAUCUAUGGCCAAUAGUGGCACGGAUACAAAUGGCUGUCAGUUUUUCGUCACCUGUGCCCAAUGCGACUUCCUUGACGGAAAACAUGUAGUUUUCGGUCAAGUCGUUGACGGUAUGCUGGUGUUGAAGAAGAUCGAAAAUGUUCCUACCGGUCCGCACAAUCGCCCCAAAGUUGCAGUUGUCAUAUCGCAGUGCGGUGAAAUGUGA